CUCGCGCUCCCGCAGCUGGCCCGCGAUGGCAACAGCGACCUCCUGGCGUCGGCUCUGGAGCGCCUCGGGGAGCAGGUCCGGCGCCGCAUCAACACCCUGGACGCAGACAAACUGGCGCCCUUGCACUACGCCGCCCGCUACGCCCACACUGGCACGGUCAAGACGCUCAUCAACGCCGGCGCCCACGUCAACAUCAAGGGGCAGGAUAACCUCACGCCCUUGCACUUCGCUGCCAGAUACCGGAAACAGCUCAAAUCGGCCAAGAGGAGGUCUCCGUUGCCUCCUGUUGUCAGCGAAGAGGAAGAGCAAGAGAAAGAGGAAGGAGACGAGGAACUGGAGCCCGAGGACAAAGCCAACCUGACGCUGACCUCCCAGAACGGCUACGGCGUCGGCGCCCUUUCCGAUGACUCCGUCGUUCGAAUCCUGGUGGAAUGCGGAGCCGAAGUCAACUCCAGGGACAUCUACGACCAGACGCCCCUCCACUUCGCCGCCAUGAGAGGGAACGACCCGUCUGCCAGGGACCUCCUGACCUGCCCGCAGGUUGACAUCGAGGCUAAAGACAAGCAGAUGAUGACUCCUCUGUUUGUCGCCUGUUCUUACGGGUACGUGGACAUCGCCCGCCGUCUGGUGGAUGCAGGAGCCGUUCUGUUGGCCAAGGACGAGACGCUGCAGACGCCGCUUCACCGGGCUGCCAUGGAGGGCCACUUGGAAAUCGUGGACCUCCUUUUAACGGCCGCCUCGACUCAGAACGACGAAGGAUGGAUCUUGAAGACGAUGGUGGAAGUCCGGGACGCAGAGGAACAGACUCCACUCCAUCUGGCGGUGCAGAACGGACACUUGAGGCUUCUUCGCCGUGUCAUUACUGUUAUCAUUGUGGCCCGAGCGACUCUAAGCGGGCGCGUGAAGUCGGACGCCGUACGGGACAAUUGGCCACGCCCACCACGCCGCCGCACCGUAGGGGACAUCGACCUCAUUAAGCUCCUGUUGAAUAAUAAUGCUCGGCUGGACAGCGUCGACGGGAACCAGCAGACAGCCUUGCAUAGGGCAGCAGCUAAUGAUCAAUCAGAUGCCAUCAUCGCCCUUCUGGAGGCCGGGGCAAAGCUGGAACGGAGAGAUAAGGAUUCCUUCACUCCUCUCUUAGUAGCUGCCUGCUGUGGUCACGCCAAGGCUAUCAGCACGUUGCUCGAACACGGUGCUGAUGUGUCCGCCCUUGACAAAGAUGACAGGACGGCUAUAUUUUGGUGUGCCGAUCAAGGCUUUGAGGAAGCUCUUAAGGUUUUACUGCCUGCAGCUGAAAGUGAAGACCUCAUAGAUGUUAGUGACAGGUUUGAUGAUUCUCCGCUACACAAGGCAGCUAAAUCGGGCCAUGUUGCUAUAAUUAGGAUGCUCAUUGAUGCUGGUUCUCAGAUUGAUAAUAAGAAUGAGGAUGGGGAGACAGCACUUCAUGUGGCAGCUGAGAAUGGCCAAACCAAGGUAGUCCGAGAACUCGUACGGCGACAUAAACUCCUUAUACCUGAUGAAAAUGAGGAGUCCAACACAGCACUUCAUUUAGCAUGUCUUGAAGGUCAUCCUGAAGUCGUAAAGGUGCUGUUAGAGCACGGUGCAGAGGUUGAGGCAAGAAACACAUCGCUCUGGACGCCUCUUGAUUGUGCAUCUGCCAAGGGACAUGUUUACUGCGUCCACUUGCUGUUGGACUAUGAUGCACCGCUGGAUCCCUUAGAUAAGACAAAAACGACCCCUCUCCAGCUUGCAGCAAGAGAAGGGCAUGUAGCAGUAACAAAAUUAUUGCUGGAAAGAGGGGCUUCGCUCUCUGCGUGUGAUUCAAACGGGAGAAAUGCCUUAGAGCAGGCUAUAGCUGCAGGAAGGAGGGAUGUCUGCAUGGCCAUUAUUAAGUCAUCGGAAUGGGAGACUGGAAUGAGGAAUGUGCGUUUGGAUAAGAAGAACCGACGAAUAACUCCAAUGAGAAUGCUGAUUAGGAAAUUUCCUGAUGUUGCUGAAGCUGUACUGGAUAAGUGUACAUCAACCAAUGGCCUGGAAUCAGAUGACAAGGACUUCGAAGUCAGUUUCAACUUUGAACUUAUAGAUGACUCGUACACACUACCUUACAAUGAUGUCACCUCCAUUGCCUCAUCGGUCUCCUUGGAAUCCCCAUUCGAUGAGGAUGGGGUACUCCUUGAAGAGGCAGAACCAUACACCGGUGAGGCUCGUGAACUCAAAGAAAAUCACCCUCUCAUGUUGAUGGUGAAGUACAAACGUCUUAAUCUCCUCUCCCAUCCUGUGUCCAUCACGCUGGUUAAGCAUAAGUGGAUGAGCUAUGGGAGGGUCGUCUAUUACUCUGCUCUCUUGUUCUACUUGGUAUUCCUCACUUUCCUCACUGGAUAUAUCUUGACGGCCAGGAACUGGACAUGGGUUGCUAGCCAGCUGAACUCGAGUAAGGUUGACAGUGUGAUGCUUAGGGAAAUAAGGGAAAAAGAUAGUUGUGAGGAUAUUGAAAAUGACGUCGACAUGAACCGAAGCAUAUUUGUGUUGUCUGGAAAAUGGGUGAUCCUUAUAAUGGCGGUAAUAAACAUAAUGCGAGAGAUGUUCCAGUUUUACCAGGCUCGAUUGAACUACUUGGGACUGGAGAACUUAUUGGAAUGGUGCUGUUAUGUCACUGCUGUGCUCGUCGUGUGGGACUUCACUGACUGUGCAGUGAGACAGGACUGGCAGUGGCAGGUUGGAGCGGCAUCUCUUUUCCUUGGCUGGAUGAACCUGCUCCUCUUCAUCCGAAAACUCCCCUUCCUUGGCAUCUUCGUUGUCAUGUUUACUGAUGUUUUCGCGACGUUCCUCAAGUUCUCUCUUGUCUUCUUCUUAUUCAUUGUUGCAUUUGCACUCAGUUUCUUCACUGUAUUAAAAGAUCAGAAAUCCUUUGCCUCACCCGGAGAUUCACUUAUCAAGACUACGGUUAUGAUGAUUGGAGAAUUUGAAUUUGAUAGCAUUUUCCACGACAAUGAACUUGAGUAUCCAGAAAUCACAUACAUCCUAUUUGUGUGUUUGCUCAUCCUGCUGUCAAUUAUCAUCAUGAAUCUCUUGGUUGGUCUUGCUGUCGAUGAUAUUAAGGCUGUACAAGAUCAAGCUAUUCUGAAAAGACUUGCUAUGCAGACUCAGCUGGUAUUUGAUGUAGAAGUCCUGAUCCCAGAGGCUCUUAGGCGGAUGUACAUCGUUGCGAAAAAGCAUGUCCACCCGAACGCCCGACAUGGAGUUUGUUCACGGAUGUUUGGCGACUUCCAGAUCAUUAAUAGCUUUGAGUUUAUAGAAGGAGAGCAGAUGAACGAACACGAGAUCAUGCGUCGUGACCUGACACAGAUGAUGAAUGAUGUGCGAGAGCUCAAGUCGCAGAACCAACGCCUCCACACCCUCCUUGUGGCACUACUCCACUUCCGUGAUCGUGACGACCAAGAAGAAGCUCCCGUGCAGCCUGAUAUUGCAAAAUAUUUGUGGUAGAGAAGUUGAUUAUGAAGUGUAAAGUGGUUGCUUGAGAAACUGAGCAAUUGAUAGAUUUUAUUGUUUUUCUAGAUUUUAUCAUAGUUUAGAUUGAUUUCAUAUUGAAUUGAUUUUCUAUUAAGUAUGUGUUGAAGUUUAUUUUUUUCUUAUGAGAAUUGAUAUAUCAAUAUAUGAGUGUUUUCUGUUGAUGUUGAAUUUUCAUUUGUAUUGUGGACAAACGGAUCAUUAUCUUCAGUAGUUCAGUAGUAUCGAAUAUGAUUGCAUCUACAAUAUUAUCAAAAUUAAACCUGAACAACGAUAGAAACUAAAUGACUUUAAUGUUAUGUAUAGAUAAUAUGGCAGCAUUAAGUUAUUUGCAAUGAUAAAGCUUAAGGGCUGGUCUUUGUAAAUGCCUCAAUUUAUUUCAUCAGUCUGUACUUAAUAAUCAAUGCAAAUCAUCUUUAGUUGAAGACAAUGCCUUAUAAUUUACUUGUGUUUAUAAGUAGAUGUCUGCAUCUAUAUUUUAGAUUUAGAUCUUUUCGUGUAUUCUAAAAAGGUUCUAUUUAUAGAAAAUUAGGUUUGACUCAAAUAAAAGAUUAUUUGAGAAAUUGAUGUUGAGUGUUAUCUUUGAUAAAUUUACAGAUUUUUUGUUAAUCUUUGUGUUGCACUUAGUUAAAUUGAUGUUGUUAUCUUUUAGGACCUUGAAAAUGCUCUUGUUUGUUGAUGGAUAUUUUAUGAUGUGAAUAUUUGAAGUUCACUCUCAUUUUGAUUGACGCAUUAAUUAGAAAUGUGAAUGUGAAUGUUACUGGUGUUUAGCAUAAUAGUAAAUUUUUAGUUCGUCUUGGGAGGUCAGAUGUACUUAUGUACAUUAGUGCUCUGUGCCUAGGCAGUUGUAUGGCUCAUUAUUUGUCUUAAUGUGGAAACAUGUCAUCCAUUGCCAGUAGAUUACACUGAGCAAACCCGCUAAUUUUACCAUAGAAGAUGAUUAGAUAUACUGGUAUUAAGUACAAAAGAUGUACAGUAGUUCAUGUAUUAUUAUGCAAAAGAUUUUGAGAGAGAGAAAAAACUUUUUUUCAGGUCCAGAUUUUGCUGUAAAAAGACUACUUUUAAAUGGUAAUGUCUGACAGAUGAUUAGAAUGGGAAAAGGGAUUAAGUAAUUACUGCUGCCAGCCAAGUCUUACUAACCGCAUCCAUCAGUUAGUACAAUAAACACAUAGAUAUGGGUUGAUAUCCGUCCAUAGUAACAGUUUACUUUUGUGGAUGAAGACUGUAGUGACCCCCAACCUCCUUAAACCUUUGACUGUAAUGAAGGCAGAAUUGUUAAACUAGGAAUUAUUUCUUGAAUGAAAAAGAAAAAAGGGGAAAAAGCAAUAAAAGUAAGAUUGCAUAAAUGGUAAUAGAGACCAACAAGAAAGAGGAAGAUUUAGGAGAUAGAGAAAAAAUAUUGAAGAAAGAAUAUGUAGUGGAGGAAGACCUUGUUUACUAUUUACAAAAUUUAUUUGCGUAAAUGCAGACAAUGAUUCUUAUUUAUUCAUUUCUCUAAUACAUCUCAGGCCAUCAUUUAUCAUAUGAAAAUUCAGUUAUGUAGAUAAUUACCCAUUAUUUUCAGAAUGGGUAUUAAUGAUAGAUGUAUCUGCAAUUUAGAAAGUAGGCUUUGGAAUGAGUAAAAUCAGGAAAAUCUGUUUGGCAUAUGUACAGUUCCUCUCACUUCUAAGAUUACCACUUGGCAUUGCCAAAGUCUGAACUGCCAGUUUUGACUUUUGUAUCUCAAACAAAUGCCAAUAAGUGUAGGGGCCAAGUGUUUGGAAACUGGUGGUGAAGUUCAAAGUGGAGGGGACUGUACAACCGCACAGAAAACUAAUGUUAAGAGGGGUGUCAAAACAUUCAAUAAUGAACGGAACCUUAUGAUACAAGAAUGUUGGCAUUUUGGUUUUCAAAUUUGUUUCGUUCAGAUACAUGUCUCGAAUAGUCGUUCCGGAAUUCAUAUGGAUUCUUUGUAAGAAGAUGAUUUUAUUCCUGUAAGGAAUGGAAUAUGCCUUGCAAUAUUCACAUAAGCCAUACAUACCCAAAAGUAUUUGGAAAUUCAAGAAUACCAACAGUUUUGUAAUGUUAACAACUAUAUUUUAAAAAGUAUCAUUGCUUGUGUCAGAAUGUUUAGCAUGAUUUUUUAAAGAUAUUUUUCUGUGUAGCUGUUAUGUAAUGUAAGUUGCUUAGGAUAUAUUCAUUAAAUAUCAAACACUUGGACCUAGGUGUUAUAUUACAGUAGUGGUUGAAGGGAUUAGAAAGAACACAGUAAAAAAGCUUUGAAACGUUCAUUGCAGAAUAAGAUGGAAUGUUUUGUAAUAUUAAAUUCUUUACAAUGCUAAUAGGUAUGCUACAUGGAUUAGUUUUUAUUGCUGAUAUUUGUUUUGUAUUUGUAUGUUGGUUUUUAUGAUGGUAUGUUGGCAUUUCUCUGGAAUUUGAUAUUUCAUUUUCAUUAUUUUUCAUGCAUUUUCAUUGUGAUAUCAUGUAAUAUGUAUGCAUGGAAAUUAUUUUGAAUGGUUGUAAAUUUAGAUACUGUAUUUGACAAUUAAAAUUAUCAGCUUUAGUUCUAUUUCAUAUAGUGCUGCUGUAAUAACAUUAUCAUUGAUAUAAGCAGCAAAAUUUUAAGAGAAAACACAAUCGUUAAUUUACUUACAUUUUAUAGAAAUCAGGUUAUUUGUGAUGUAAUUUCUUAGACAAUGUAAAAAGUAUCAAGCCUCUUUAACUUAAACUGAAUAUUAAACAGAAUCUUCCUAGAUAAUGGAGCAUAUUAAGGUGUACUUAAUUCAUACAAUGCAAGGGAUAUUUCACAGAACAGCUAUCUUAUGCCAAAUUAAGAUAAAGGUGAUGCUGUAAGUAAAGAUUAGUGAAUGUUUGCAGAUACAUUGAUAAUAUGUGCAUGUACUUAAUUGUAAUUCCAACUGUGACUUUACAUGUGCCCAUAAUGACUUUGUCUAUGCCUUUAUACUGCUCUGAAGAGUGACUAACUUUGGUGCUUCUUUAAAUGACAGAUUUUUCAAAGUCAUUCUGGAUAAACAUCAAAACAUUGGUGCAAAGAAUACUAUGCAGGCUUUGUUAUACUCAUUGCCUCCAUGUUGAAUAUGUAAUAUAUAAACAAACUUUUGAAUAUUGUGUGCAUCAUCUGAAUAUAAGCUGAUAGGUUUCCAGAAAUAUUCUUGAGGAAUUCAGUGCCUCUCCUUUGUAUGUAGGAAAAUGUGUAGACUUCUUUAGAUGACAUUUUUGCCUUACUGAUGUAUUUUAGCAGUGGGCCCACACUCUCAGGAGGAAAGGAACUGGGACUUCAUAAUUCAGGUGAAUUUGUUAGUAAAUGUGUAAAACAACUCUGACUUCAACUUUGUCUACACUGGCAGCAGGCUGGUGUGAGUUGGCUGAAGCAAGUGCAGAUGUGUUUGCACUGGUGGGUAGCAGUAAAAACAGACCAAUGUGAGUUAAUGACUCAGUUUUCUCACUAGAACUUUGCAGUUUAAAUGUUUACUCAAUGACAACAUGAAAUAAAUGGUGAAGAUAAAAUUUAUUCCAUUUAUUAAUUAAAAAUGUAUAUAUACAGGGUCAUAAAAAAACAGCUACCACUUGCUUCCACCUGCUUGUACUUGCUUGCAGCCAGUUUAGAUGUAGUUCUAGUUAGUUAAGUCUAGUAAAUGUAACUGUAGUUAGUAUAACUGUUUAUUAAGACUGGGGCAUAAUUUGAAAGCACAAGUAGUCAUAGUAAGGCUAUGAGUGAUGACGAAUGAACAAUUUCAUCAUGUACGUGUCUUAUUUUAAUGCAUGAAGGUCAUUUGUGGCCCAAGACUAGAAACAUUUUUUCUCAUCAUAUAGCAUUGACACAUGUAUUUGUGGAGCAUUUAAUCAUUGUAUCAUCACAGAUUAUUUUUAAGAUUUAGUCGUAUUGCUAUGUCUGUAGUAUCUUUUACUCAAUUAACUUGCAUCAUUAGAUGUACUUGUCUGUUGUUGUGAUGGAAUUGUAUCAAUUCAUAGUAAAUUGUGUUUCUAUAUUAGGUAUACUGCUUAUGACAUCAUUGUAUUUAUCCAUUGUAGGAAGAAACUCUGAUGUCAGAAUUUGAUAUAAAUUGAUUUUUAGAUUCCUGAGAUACUAUUUCAGGGGAUGAAGUAGGUAGAGAAAAAACAAAUGCAACUUAAGAAAUAACAUCAUCUUUUCAUAUUGAGAUAAAAGACAUUUCAUACCCUCUCUAUAUUUAAAAUGUACUUAGUUUAUAAUAAGGAUAAAAAACUUAGAGAUACAGAAAACGUGUUGCAUUUCAAUCAUUUAUAUUUAUGAUAGCAUACAUAUUCAGUUGAUAGUUAUAUUGGAAUAAAUAAUUGGAACUAUACUUAAAUGGAUACAUAUCGGAUUAAUUAUCUUAUAUAUUCAGAACUAGUGAACUAUUUUUUGUGUGAAUAGCUUAAUAAACAGGAUUUGUCAACUUGAUAUAUGAAGUUGAUGGAAGACUGGUACAUAUAAAAUAGUGAACUGCUGCUGAGGAUGUGAGAUAGGCUAUUCCUGUAAAAGUAAUAUUUCAAAUAUAACAACAAAUUGCAGUAUUACUUCUAAAAUUGUAAAAGAACUUCAACUCCUUAUAGGAGAAAGGUUGUUAGCUUCAAUUCCUUUUACGAAAGAGGUUAGUAGGACAGAAUUUUGUUGAAUUAUAUAUAUUCUAAAAAGCACUGCUGGUUGUAACUAGAUUCCUAACUAAACUGUGCCAAAUGUGUAGCUACAUAAUCGUUAUAUAUUUUCCUAUAAUCAUUUGUUGUGCCUACAGUUUAAGAAGAGGAAUGUUCAAUCAUUCUGACUAAGAUCACUAUUAGAAUAAAUGCAUUACAUGG